AUGGCCCGUUCAAGACGAUCGUGGCUGCUGGCCCUUGGGGCUCUUGGGGCACUCUGGGCUGCCGCACCAGACCCCACAUUUACGCCGCCAGUUGCUCAUGAGGAGCCGCUCCCCUUUCCGGUCUCCAGAAGCCUCUCAGUGCUCUUGGGCUUGGGGAUCGUGAUUCUUUGGGAAUGCUUUUGCACCAUCUUUCCGUCGGUCCAGCCGACCAUCCUCACGGAGCUCUGGAGUUCUCUCUGUUCGAAGACAAGUGAAGCGGCGAACCCGAGGAAGUUGAUCAAGCACAAGAGCACCGUGGGGAGCCUGAUGUCCGAGCAAUCGAAACAGUUCAGUUCCACACCCAACGUGGCUUCCAUGGGCUGGAGGGUACGACCGGGAACCGAAGACCGAGAGACGCGUGGAGGGAGAAGACGGCGGGUGGAGCUAUAA